AUGACACCUCCGAAAGAAUCCAAAGAAGAGGCCAGAGACUCUCAAGCUGCUAGAGAGAAGAGAAAAUGGGAAAGUAGCACAUGGAACUCAGAACACGUCGUGUAUGUCAUAUCUGCUGCUUAUCUGCCUUCAUCACUGACUUCUUCAAGCAAAAUCAUCGCCAGCUCAUCAGACAUGAUCCAGAUCGUUGGCAGCAAACCUGAUAAAGACGGCAAGAUCUUCCGCGCAGCCGUCCACAAGGAACUGCUCUGUUACUUUUCGGCGUAUUACACUGCAGCUCUUAAGGGUGGCUUCUCUGAGUCCAAGAAAGACACUAUCACGAUGGAGCUUCCAUAUGAUCAGAUGCAGGAUUUGAUCUCAUGGCUGUACACUGGUAAACUCCUCAGCCAUACAACAUCCCCGCUACUCAAGUUCUACAUCUUUGCAGACGAAAAGAUGAUGCUGGCACUUCGCCGAUCGAUCAUGACGCAACUCAUCUACUGUCAGGAUCAAGAUAUGGAUAUUCUCCUACUCGCUGACGCAAUGCCUUGCUUGAAAGUUCUGCCUCAAAACUCUGGUCUGUUCCGUUAUAUGGUGGAUUUCUGGGUUCACCGCGGAAGUCAAUACUAA